CCAUGGCCAGCAGACUCUGUUUCUCCUCUCUGUCUCCCACCCUCUUUCUCUCCCUUAUGCUCCCUUCACUGUUGCUCCUGCACCUGCCUGGCAUGGUGAAAGGGGACUGUUGGCUGAUAGAGGGGGAUAAAGGCUACGUUUGGCUGGCUAUCUGCAGUCAGAACCAGCCUCCAUAUGAGACCAUUCCCCAGCACAUCAACAGCACGGUUCAUGACCUGAGGCUGAAUGAGAACAAACUUAAGGCUGUGCUCUUUAUCUCCAUGUACCGCUUCACAAACCUUACUGACCUCAAUCUAACCAAGAACGAGAUUAGCUACAUUGAGGACGGGGCCUUUGCUGGACAGGCCAACCUACAGGUUCUUCAGCUGGGCUACAACAAGCUGACCAACCUGACUGAGGGCAUGUUGAGAGGUCUGGGUCGAAUGCAGUGCCUCUUCCUGCAACACAACCUCAUAGAGGUCAUUGCCACCAAUGCCUUCUGGGAGUGCCCCAGCCUCAGCAGCCUGGACUUAUCCUCCAACAAGUUGGCCCGUCUUGACCCGUCCACCUUCACUGUCCUCAACAGGCUGUUGGUGUGUGAACUAGCAGGAAACCCGUUCCACUGUGGCUGUGAGCUAUAUAGCUUUCUCACCUGGCUGGAGGCAUUUAACAAUGUCACCCACACCUAUGACCGCCUCCAGUGCGAAACCCCUCGCCACUUGACUGGUUAUCCUCUCCUGAGCCCAGUGCCCGGACAUGGAAGAAAUGCCCGUGCCCGUCUUUCGUCCGAGUGUCAGAAUGGUGAGAGAGUUACAGGGAUUUCCUCCACGGGACAAGAUUUAGAUGGUUCAGGGAUAGGUUUCGAAAACCCAGACCAAGAUCUGUACCACCAGCCAACCAUGUCGUCCACUGCUGAUCCCAUAUAUAGCCAUCAGAUUUCUAUGACACUUCAAACAGUCACCCUCUACACAGCUUCUCUAAUGGUGCAGAUCCCACAACCUUACAGUAAGAUGUACAUCCUCUCCCAGUACAAUAACACUGUCGGUGCAGACAUCAUGCCUCUUAAAAACAAGAAGGAGAUAAUAACUUUGGAUAAGCUGAAACCGCACACCAACUUCACCUUCUGUGUGGCUUCGGUAAGCAAAUCUCAGCGCUACAACCACACUUGUCUGUCCUUUACUACACGAGCUAUUGGAACAGAGAACCCCCGAACCAAUCCAUCUACAACUACACACUACAUCAUGACCAUCCUAGGAUGUCUGUUUGGCAUGGUCAUUGUGCUUGGAUUUGUCUAUUACUGUCUCAGACGAAGACGCAUCCAGGAAGAGAAGGAGAAAGCUAUAAGUGUGAAGAAAACUAUUUUGGAGAUGAGGUAUGGCCCAGAGGCGGCUGCAGCAGUGGCGAAUGACCCAGGUGCCAUGCAGCGUCUCCAGGAGCAGGCCCACCACCAGCACCACCAUGCAGGAACAGGAGGCAAGCUGCCCCCAUCUGCCUCCUCUAGCACAGGCAUGCUCCAUGGCUCAGCCAACACCAGUUCUUCCCGCCUCUCCACCUUGCCACAGGUGGAAAAAAUGGCCUCUGCCUUCUCUGAGGCAAUGGGCAGCAAGGGCAACUAUAUGGAUGUGAGGACUGCAGGAGUGGCAGGGGAAGGCAGGGAGGGGGGGGUGGCAGCUGGAGGAGCAGGGGUAGGAGGAGAAGUAGUUGUGGAUAUGCGAGGUGGGGCUGAAAAUGGGACAGAGGCUGGGGAGGAUUCGGAUGAUGACGGCCGUGGCUCAGCAUCAGAGAUCUCCACCAUCGCCAAGGAGGUGGACAAGGUGAACCAGAUCAUCAACAACUGCAUUGAUGCCCUAAAGCUGGAUGCCUCUGCUAAUGUUGUGACCACGGCUGAAAAUGCCAACUCUGUGUCCUCCUCCCAGCCUCCAGCCUGCAUCGCGUCCCUUCCCCGCAACCUCCUGCCCCUCUCUCCAGGCCACCCUGGAGAUCAGAUCAUGGCCUCCUCUCCAAAGGCUCAUCCACCUUCUAUGGCCCCAGUGCCCCUGGUCGUGCCCCUGUCUGAGCGGCCAGGCAUCAGUGGUGGGGGGUUCCUCUCCCCUCCUUACCGUGACCCACCCCCAGCCAAUGCAGUACGGCCCCUUCAGAGGCAGUUGAGUGCUGACACUGCUGCAGUGAAGAGCCGUUGUGGUGCCAAUGCUGGGGGAUCUGUAAAGAGCACCAGGGUGUUCAGUGUGGAUGUCCCUGAGCAGCGCAGCGAUCCUCCCAAGUACCCGACAGAGAAAGGCAGCCCUGUGGGUUGUGGUGGAAGUAGUGGAAGUGGAGGAGGUAGUGGAGUAGGUGGCUGCAAUGGGAAUGGAAUGGGAAACAUAAAUGGUGGUGGGGUGAGCAUAAAUGGGGGUGGGAUGCGGUGUAAUAACGGGGGUGGAGGUGGAGGUGGCAUGGCUGGCCCUGGACAGCAGCAGCAACACCACUUGGAGGUUCAGCCAGACUACCACAGCUCCGAGCACCGCCACUCCUUUCCUGCACUCUACUACGAGGGUGGCAACGAAUCACCCUCACCGGCCCAAAAGGCUUCAUUCCUCAAGCCGCUGGGGCGCACCAAGAGAGAUGCCACAGCCGCCUACUCCCAGCUCUCACCUUCUCGUCACCACAACUACAACUCUGGCUACUCCUCCAGUCCAGAGUAUUCAUCUGAGAGCACACUGCGGAUCUGGGAGCGAUUCCGGCCUUACAAGAAAAGCCCCCGAGAAGAAGCAUCUUAUAUAGCGGCAGGCCAUGCCCUGCGUAAGAAGGUGCAGUUUGCCAAGGACGAGGACCUUCAUGAUAUUUUGGACUACUGGAAGGGGGUUUCUGCCCAGCAGAAGCUGUGAGCCGAAGAAGCAGAGUUGAAUACAGUGAGGGGAAUUGUGAGGUUGGAUGCCAACAGCAGACUAAAAAAGGGGAUAGAUGUUAAUGUAGCAAUGUGUUUCCUCUGAGGUGUCCAGUGACAUGGGUCAUUCUGCUGGAUCCAGAGUUAAAGAGGUAUACUCUCUUGGUGUUUCCUUUUGGAAUUGAUUCUAUGAUAAUCCACUGACAUUUUAAGAGGUUGUUUCAGAAUUUGAUUGAUUUCACUACAAUACUGAGCGAUAAUCUAUAAGAAUCAAGUUGUUCACCAGACUGCCUCAUACUGGGCAUUUUGGUCCUUGCAGGCUUCCGUAGACCUGCUGAAUCCCCACUAAUGAGCAAAGCAAAGGUGGUGACAAGCAAGUGUCUUCUACCUCAUUAUUUGCACAGUGUAGCUCAGCUAUCUCACCACAAGCAGCCCCAUUCAUGACUUAAGCCCCAUCCCUCUUUUCUCUAAUCCCAUCAAACCACCAUUCACAAAACAAACAUUCCACAGCACCGCCAGCACCUGCUCUCCUAUAGAAGCAUCAUUUAGGGAGAUAAUGAGGGAGCAGGAUGAGGAAUUAAGCGCGUUUGUUUUAGAAUAGCCUGAAUCUCACUCUUUGGGGGAGGACAUUAAGUGAUACUUAUCGGGCUAAUUGUUCUUCCUGGCAAUUAGCCAGUGUAAGAGUAGGUUGGGGAGGCUUUGUGUUGAGCAUGCUUAUCGAUUCGAAACACCUAACUACAUAUGUUCAAUGGUGUGUGGGCAUGUAUAUACAGUUUGUGCAUGCUGGUGUGAGUGAUUGCG